CAGCGGGCAUCGUUCAGCGGCUCCUUCCCUGAAGACCCAGCCACGGCCAUCAUCGGCGGCGGGAUGAGCGGGUUGGCAUGCGCGUGGGCGUUGGCUCAGAGCGGCCUACGGUGCACCGUAUUUGACACUGGCGAGCAUGGAGUUGGCGGGCGACUGGCCACCCGUUCAUCCGCCGAUGGCAGCCUGAGAGGGGCGCCCCCGGGCCUCCUCUUCGACCAUGCGUGCCAGUACUUCACCGCCACCCACCCCUCCUUCCAGCAAAUCGUGGACGAGUGGCAGGCAGCGGGCGUGGUGCAGCGCUGGGAGGGCCCGGUGGGCAGGCUGCGAGGCGGCAGCUUUGUGCCGGAUGGCGGCCAGGAGAGGUAUAUGGCCAGGGGUGGCAUGCGCCAGCUGGCAGAACACCUGGCGGGCCGGGCGUCGAGGGAGCAGCGCGAUGGAUCAGGCGGCCUGGUGGAGGUGCGGCGGCCGCAGUGGGUCAGCGAGGCGCGCUUCACGCCCGACGGAUGGCGGCUGGCGGGCUGCGGGCGGGACCAGGGCGUGUAUGACGCCGUGGUCAUCGCCCACAACGGCAAGUGCGCCAACCGGCUGGCGGCGCCCAUGGGCGUCCCCGCGGUCGCCGCCCAGCUGCGCCGCUUGAGGCUGGCCGCCACCUGGGUGCUGAUGGCGGCCUUCCGCUCGCCGGUGGCGGUGCCCGGGGGCAUGGAGGGUGCCUUCAUCCAGGGCUGCCAGGUGCUGGCCUGGGCGGGCAACAACACGGCCAAGCUGGGCCCAGGUGGCGGCAGGGAUGGGGUAGAGUGCUGGACGCUGAUCAGCACGCAGGGAUACGGGGGCACCAACAAAGUGCCGCAGGAGAAUGUGCCGGCUGAUGUGGCGCAGCGGGUGGCUGCAGAGAUGCUGGCUGCAUUUGCCACCGCCCUGGGGCUGCCAGAGGGGGCGCUGCCUCCGGUGGUCUUCACCCAGACGCAGCUGUGGGGUGCGGCCCUGCCCACCAACUCGCCCCGCGUGCCGUGCAUCUUUGACCCGGCGGCACGCGUGGGCGUGUGCGGCGACUGGGUGGCCGAGGGCGGCAGCGUGCAGGCGGCGGCGCUGAGCGGCCUGGCGCUGGCGCAGCGCAUCGCUGCCGCCCGGGGGCGACGCCCGGACGACAUGGCAGACCUGGCGCAGGGGCUGACCACGCCGCUCAAGGCGGUGGCGGGCGAGGAGAUUGGGCAGUUCCCG